ACCAUCCGAUUAGUAUUAUCUGUGCCAGUUGGUUUGUAAUGGAAAGCUUAAUUGGAAAGACAAAAAAAGACUAAAGGAUAACGACCACCUCGGCUUUGGCUUUACUUUCCUUCCAAGUUCAUUCAAUGCCAUCCAUAGAAAAUUCUGUUAACUCAUCACCUCUUCUUCUCGUUUCCAAUGCUCAUCACCUCUCUCUCUCUCUCUAGAGAUUUCGCACUCUUCAACCAGUGAGAAUGGAGCCUGCAUGAAAUUAAGAGCCCAGAACUCGAAUUUUCUCAUGGAAGAAGUUGAUCAUUCUGUGAGAGAGGCCAACAAGGUCGUCACCAAUACCACCAUUUCACAAUCAAAACAGAAAGCCAAUUUCAAUGGCACCCCUCACAUUAAAUCUCUAUCUUCACGUCAAUUGGAAUCCCUCUUAUCCAUUUGUGAUACCUUUCUUCCAUCUAUCAAUAUCUCCGGCGACAUCACCGUUCACGACUCCGUCCGCACGUUUUACAAAACUUGUGCAUCCAUGGCUGGAACCCAUCAACACGUUGGGGUGAUGAUAGGAGAAACACUGAAGCAUCCAUCGGUUCCUCUGCUUCGUUUAUCAUUAUGGCUGUUGUCUACAAGGUUGGGAACUUCUCUGCUAUGUGGGACACUCUGCCUGUCUACCAAAUUCCCUUACUUUCACAAAUUUUCAGAGCUUCCUCAGAAGAAGCGGGAGAAGAUCUUUCGGUCCUGGGCUUUAAGCUUCUUUUAUCCCUUGAGAAAGCUUUUCAAAACCCUCAAGUAUCUUACCAUGCUUGCCUUCUUUUCUAAGGUAUUACUUCUCUCUCACUCUCUCUCUCUCUCUCUGCCUGUAUGUUCAUGUUUCCGUCUGUGUGUGUUUCACGAGUGGGUUGGGGGUGAGGGUGGGGGGGGUGGGAAGUUGGCGUGUUUAGCUGCAAUCAGAGUGGGUUGGGCGUGA